AUGGCGCCUCCCAUGGUAACAAUUGAGCCCGAAGUAGGCGGCGUCGCGUCGUUUAAAAAAAGUAUAAAGAAGUCGUCCGUCUGCGCUGAAAUGGCGUCGGAGCUCCGCUUGGCGGUGCGGUGCCGCGGGGCCAGCCGGCCCGCG